AUGAGGCAACUGGGGAAGAGGCGCGCAAGCCUCUCUGCCAAUCUGAAAAUCGGGGACCACCAUGGGUGUUGUCGGACUCCAGAGGAAGAAGAGGUCUUCUUCCCGUUUGCACAAGACAGUGUGGUGAAGCAGUGGAGCUCCAUGCACAAUGUGACUGAGAGGAACCAGGAGAAAAGCAAGGCUCCUCCCCGACGGAGCAGAUGCUUCCUCAACAUCAACGUUGGGGGCAAAUCUUUCCAGAUCGCUUACAAAAUGGCUGCCCGUUACCCCAUCACCAGAAUCGGGAAGCUGGCCAUCUCCACGGACCCCAUGAAGAAGCUGAAACUUUGUGAUGACUACUCGGUGCAGAGGAAUGAGUACUUCUUCGACCGAGACCCUUUAAUCUUCCAUUACAUCUUCCACUUCUACCGCAGCGGGGUCCUGUGGAUCAUGGAUGAGCUGUGCCCCACAAACUUUGUGGAGGAAAUUGAGUACUGGGGUAUCCACCUGAAAUAUUCCCAGCGGUGCUGCCGGAUCCUGUUUGAGGAAAAGCAAGACGAGCUCAAAGAGUACCUGAAAAUACAGCGGGAGCUGGAGGCGGAGCUAGAGCCCAUGGAGCAGGAGGAGAACUUUGAGGGCAAGUGUCUGGGGGGGUUCCGGAAAGCUGUCUGGAACCUCAUUGAGAAACCCUACUCCUCCAUCCCUGCUAAGAUCAUCGCUGUCAUGUCCAGCUUCUUUGUGCUGAUCUCCAUUGUGGGCAUGACGCUCAGCACAGUGGAGGAGAUGCAGCACAAAACUGGGAAGGCAUUCAUGGAGCAGCUGGAGACCAUCUGUGCCAUCUUCUUCACCUCCGAGUACCUCAUGCGGCUCAUAUCCACGGCCACCUUUCCGAAGUUUCUGCGGGCAGCGUUCAAUGCCAUUGACCUGGUGGCCAUCCUGCCCUUCUACAUCCAGAUUCUCUUUGAGCACCUGGAUGAAGGGGAUGCACUUUACCACGAGGAGCGGCACAAAAUGGAGAGUGUGGGCAAGCUGGGGAAAGUCCUGAAACUCAUCAAACUCAUGCGGAUUUUUCGCAUCCUCAAGCUGGCACGUCACUCCACUGGCCUGAGGGCCUUCGGCUUCACCAUGCGCCAGUGCUACCAGCAGGUGUGCUGCCUCCUCCUCUUCAUCGCCCUGGGCGUUUUCACUUUCUCGGCUUUGAUGCACUCCGUGGAACAUGAUGUCCCCGGCACCAACUUCACCAGCAUCCCUGAAGCCUGGUGGUGGGCAGCGGUCAGUCUGUCCACAGUGGGCUAUGGAGACACGGUGCCUGACACGGUGCUGGGCCGGAUGGUGGCGUUCGGGUGCAUCUCCUUCGGCAUCAUUCUCAACGGGAUGCCCAUCUCCAUCCUCUACAACAAGUUCUCCGAUUACUACGCCAAGCUGAAAGCCCAUGAGAACGAGACCAGCCUCACACUCAAGUUCACCAAGAAGAUUCGCUUUAAGGAGCGAGCCCUGAAGAAGUUGGCUGAGUGCUGCAGUGGUGACGCCUAUGUCCACGGCUGA